AUGUCAUCAGCGUAUAGGAGAUUAAUGCAAGAAUAUAAAGAGCUAACAUUAGAUCCACCAGAAGGUAUUACAGCGGGUCCAGUAGAUGAAGAGAACCUAUUUCAAUGGGAAGCUGUUAUCAUGGGACCAAGUGGAACCGAUUAUGAAAAUGGUCUAUUUAGUGCAUCACUUACCUUUCCUCAAACAUAUCCUCUUUCUCCUCCUAAGAUGAAAUUCACUUCUGAUAUGUUUCAUCCUAAUGUUUAUCCAAAUGGUGAAGUUUGUAUAAGUAUACUUCAUCCACCUGGAGAAGAUCCAAAUCAUUAUGAAACGGUAUCAGAGAGAUGGUCACCUGUUCAAUCUGUCGAAAAAAUACUUUUAUCUGUUGUUUCAAUGUUUGCAGAACCAAAUGUUGAAAGUCCUGCAAAUAUUGAAGCUGCAAAGCUUUGGAGAGAAGAUAGAGAACAAUACAAAGACAAAGUGACUAGUAUCGUUAAAAAAUCAUUAGAGCUGGAGGAAUAA